AUGAACUACCUGCGCCACCACUCGAUCACCGCCAAUUACCGACCACUGGGACUUACAUCGCCGCCACCCAACUUUGCCGUUAUGCAGCCUCUUCUCUACAAGCACCUUUCCGAAGAGUACGAAAGCCGCGGAGAGUUGGAGAUUGGAGAGGAAUCUAUCACGGUGCAGCCGAAUGUGUUUGCACAGAUCGGCAUCAUCGACGUGAACGGCGUCCGGCAAAUGUGGACGAAGGCAAUUAUCCCCGCUCUCCUUGAUGGGCGGAAAAGAGAACUCCUCGAAAGUGAGGGUGAAUCUCAAGCUGAUCUGGAAGCCAGGAUUGUGUUUUGUGAUAUUGGCAGUGGAGUUGGUAACGUUUGCUUGCAGGUACUUUCUGAGACGAAGUGUCCGAAGAGCGUUGGUGUAGAGAUCAUUCCGUCGCGAAUCCGGGCAGCCGAGGAGGCAUCGAAGCGAGCAAAGCUGCUUUACUCAGAUGUCUUCUCUAAAAAGGAAGCUGUGUGGGUGCAGGGGGACCUGGUGAAGUGUGCAGCAAGGCUCAAUGAGGAGGGAGUGACCGUUCUCUUUACACACUCAUGGAUGUUUGACUACGAUCUCAUGACGAAAUUGACAAACGUCAUCGCUCAAGUCCCUAGUAUUCAGUGUGUCGUGACCUCUCGUAAGCUCGACGAAAAGGUGCUUGCUUCAACCAGGCUGCGGCAACGGACCUUGAUGCACUUCAACGCAGAUUGGAACGACGAGGCACCCUUCUACGUCUAUGGUAAGUAA